GAAAGCAGUAUUUGUACAUGAGUACACAUGUAGUUCAAAUGAAGACUGAUCCAUCUAAAGAACAAACAGUGGACUUAGUGGUAACAGAAACAGCGCACAGCCACAGAAAGAACAAGUGCUUUAGGGUGUUCUUUCUGAGUUGCAGCUGCAAUGGGCUCUCGCCAUUUCCCUGCCCGGACUGUCCUAUUUGAAAGGGAAACCAGUGGAGUGACAUACCGCGUGCCAGCCCUACUCUACAUCCCAUCCGUAGCCAAGCUCUUGGCUUUUGCAGAAGAGCGGCUAAGUGUGGAUGAUGCUGACGCCAAUUUGCUGGUGCUAAGAAGGGGCACUUUCUACAAGGACAUGGUGCAGUGGGAAGAUAUGCAAGCCAUUGAAACAGCAGCACUGAUACACCAUCGAUCUAUGAACCCUUGCCCCAUCUAUGAUGAAUUCACUGGCAUGGUUUUCCUAUUUUUCAUUGCUGUGUUGGGCAGAACCUCUGAAGCCUUUCAAAUUGUCACAGGUCAAAAUGCUGCUCGCCUCUGCUACGUGUCUAGUUCUGACCAGGGCAUCAGCUGGAGUCAUGUGACUGAUCUCACCGAGGAAGUCAUUGGCACGUCCAUCCAAGAUUGGGCUACUUUUGCACUUGGUCCGGGGCAUGGCAUUCAACUGAAGUCAGGCCGUCUGCUGUUGCCUGCCUAUAUGUAUUAUAUUGACUGCAAAACAUGCUUUGGGAAACUCUGCAAAACAACCCCACAUGCAUUUGCCUUCUACAGUGAUGACCAUGGGCACAGCUGGUGCUUUGGUGAGUUCAUCCCCAAUCUGCAGACCAUCGAGUGCCAGAUGGUGUCAGUGGAUGAGGAGGAUGGAAGCCAUGUGCUGUUCUGCAAUGCUAGGAGUCCUCUGGGCUUCCGGGUUCAGGCACUCAGCGCAGAUGAUGGGGCAAUAUUCCACUCAGGGCAGCUGGUGCCACGACUUGUGGAGCCUCCUCAUGGUUGCCAUGGAAGUAUCAUUGGAUUUCCGGCUCCACUUUACUCUAUGUACCAUGGCAUCCAAGGGUCCCAGAGAAAAGCAUGUCCUGUUAAAGAGCAGGGCUUCCUAUUGGAGUCUGGAAUGCGUGAGAGGCCCCUGGGUUGUCCAGCACAACUUACUACUUCUCUCUGCAACCAAUAUUUAUGCCACCAACACCUGGAAAGGUUUAUAUCAACUGGAACUUCUAGUGCCUACCUCAGCAGUGUUCUUAGUCCCACCUCCUGGAAUAUGGCAUGUACUAAUCAAGAUCACAACAAUGCUGGAACUGUUUCCAAAUCAGAUCCGUACUUUGAGAUCCCAACAUGGGUGCUGUAUUCCCACCCAACAAGCUCCAGAUCCCGAGACAACCUGGGAGUUCACCUCAGCACAUUUCCUAGAGAUGUUGACAGCUGGUCGGAGCCAUGGGUUAUUUACGAAGGGCCCAGUGCUUACUCAGACCUGGCCUACAUUGAGCUGCCUUACUCAGAGUUCCCAGCAACUGGGAUCCCAGCCAUAGCAUUUGCUUGUCUGUAUGAGAAUGGGGUGCAAUCCCCAUAUGAGCAAAUAUCCUUCAGCAUGUUUACAUUGCAUGAAGUUCUUCAGAACAUUCCUCUAACAACUUCUUCCCUAAGUCAGAAGCAGUCCUCAGAGGGUAGAAAGAGAAAGGGGACAAAGUGUGACAUCUCUUAAACUGAGGGACAACAUAUCUUAGACACAUUUAAACCUCAAUCAUCCUACAGUAAACAUUGGGAAAUGCAUUUCAAUGUAUGUAUGUGUACAUAUUAUGUACAGGCUAGAAUUGGAUUGCACAGGUCAGAUAAAUUAAUGCAAGAUGCAGGUAGGUGCAAAGUCACAUCUGCUUUGACCUUGCUAGUGGAGACUGAGAGUUUCCAGCUUUCACAGAAAUAUUCCAGAACAUUUUUUAGGAUGCUAGCUUGGGUCUGCCACCUGCUGGCUAAAACACCCUACCAAAUGGAGGAUGGGAUAAGAUUACGGUAUUUACAGUGCAGAUUCUGUGUUUCAUUUCCUUCCCUCUCUAAGGUGGUUGUUGUUUAAUUUUCCAGACAUCAAAACAUAGACUCAUGCUUUCUUUCCAAUAUACAGAGAAAUGCAUCUCA